AUGAACCAAUUUGCAAUGUUGCUAGCGCAGAGCACGCCUGUGGCCAUCGCAGAGUCGCGCCACUUCGAAGACACCUCCCGUGGUAGAGCAGUGACUGAAAAGAUCAACGACCUGCACGAGCACCUCACCAAAGUCCAAAUCACGGCGGCCCACCUCUGCGAAUUAGUCCGCAACAUGCAGUGUCCUGGCCACUUGGUCAAGCUUGACAACCGCAAAGUGAACAUUCCACCGCGGCAACACCCCCGAUACCCUUCUCCGGAUGCAAUUUCUGGCAGUCGAUUGGAAUAA